CGCCAUCUUUGUCGAGUUCUCCACCUGCCUUCUUUCCCGCCAAAAAAACCCCCCUUCCAUAAUAUAUAAUAUAUAUUACACUGCAAGAGCUACACUGACAUAGCGACAGAAUCUCUCCAAAAGAGAGAGAGAGAGAGAGAGAGAGAGAGAUGAAAGGUUCAUCCAAAGUGAUAAUGGGGGCAACCCUGGUAAUGGUGGCGAGUCUCGCCGUAGUUCUAGGCCUGGUGCUGGUUCUCUUAGCCGAGCUCUACUGCUCUCUCCUACUCCGCCGGCGGCCGCAGCGAAUGGCUACCACAGCCCCCGCCGCUAGCUCUCCGGCGAACGAACCCCCCUCCCAGAUCCAGAUCCAGCAACAAGUCCAUCAUCAUCAUGACCACUCUUCAUCAGCUUCUCCUCUCGGAAGCUUUUACUUAAAUGGAGUACUGACUCCUCCUCCAAGAGGCUUUCUCUUCCAUGUCAAACAAGAUCAGAACCAGAAGAAGCUGCUUCACGUGGAGUUGGAGAAGCAACACUCUCCCGCCACCACUCUCCAUAGUUUCGGCGUUGUGUCUGCAUCUCCGCUCUCUCCAGCUGAAAUCGUCGCGCUUCGGGGCGGCGGCGGCGGCUGUGGUGGUGGGGAGCAUUUUGUAUCCAUAUCCAAUCCAAUUUACGACAACAGCGUCGCCGGCAGGCUAGACACUCCAUUUCAGACGCCCGAUACGUCGCCGUCCCGACUAGAAAACGGCAGCUCUUCCGGGGAGGACGAUAUAGACCAGUCUCCGACAUCCACUCCUCCAUUAACGCCGAUGAAGAAGCUUCCGGAGUCGGCUUGUUCGGUGUCACUGAGGGAUGCGAGGGCUCUGGCCACCUCGGGGAGCGAUUCGAAUAGCAAUAAUAAUAAUAAUGCUGUGUCUUCUUCGUCGUCGGGCUCUCCAUGCACUUCUCCUUCAUGGUGAUGAUCGUGAAUUUUUCAUUUCAAUUAAUGGGCCGGGCGUUGUUAAUGAUCCUAGCUAGCUUUAAUUUCUUUUUCAUUUAUUUUUGUUAAUUUUGUGGGUUUAUCGGCACAUCUUGCGAAAAUAGUACACGAUGUGAUGAUGCCAUUAAAGUAGUUUGGAAACCUCAGUGGUAAUGGAUAGCUUUUUCAGGCGUGACAAUGGCGGCUCGGUAUCCCAAGCUGGAAUGCAAUUGCAUAGGUGGAUGCAACGCUCUUGUCUUCUUUCUUUCUCUUCCAGUUCCAGUGUAAGGGCAACCCUGAAAUUUGGUUGCGUCGCGUGGGUAUUUAAUUUAGUU